AUGUGGAACAACUACCCAGGCAAUCACGGCCAUCAGCAGGGCUACCCCCAGCCCAACGGCCCGCCGCCUUCAGGAGGUCCUCCGAACAUGCCUUCCCCAAACGUACCGGGUUAUAAUCCCGGUUAUGCUCCGUCUUACGGCCCUCCUCCCGGCGGAUUCGCCCCCCCUCCGGGUGCGCCGCCCCCGCAACACCAUCAGCACCAUCAACAGGGGGGAUACCCUCCUCCCUCUGGGCUGCCCCCAGGCUACGGCGGCGGCCCUCCUCCCAUCCCCGCGAACCGUCCAGGCGGUAUGGACAGGAACUAUGCUCCGCCUUCCGGUCCUCCGCCUUCCAGUUACGGUGGUUACCAGCCUCCGUCCGGUCCCCCGCCCCAUCCCCCGUCGCAGAUGCAAAACUAUGGUCCGUCGUACCAGGGCGCCGACAACAGACAGCACCAGAUGGCCUUCCAGUACUCGCAGUGCAAUGGGAAGAAGAAGGCGCUUUGCAUUGGUAUCAAUUACUUCGGCCAGUCUGGUGAGCUCAAGGGAUGCAUCAACGACGCCCACAACGUGCAGCGAUUCCUCAUCGAGGUCUGGGGCUACAAGUCGGACGACGUCGUUAUGCUCACAGACGACUCUGGUAACCCGCGCUCGAUCCCCACCCGUGACAACAUCAUUGCCGCCAUGCAAUGGCUUGUGCGGGGCGCCCAGCCCAACGACUCUCUGUUCUUCCACUACUCGGGACACGGUGGACAGACGAAGGACCUAGAUGGCGACGAGGGUGACGGAUAUGACGAAGUCGUUUAUCCUGUCGACUACAACCAGGCCGGACAUCUGGUUGAUGAUCUCAUGCACGACAUUAUGGUCAAGCCCCUGCCACCUGGCUGCCGUUUGACAGCGAUCUUCGAUUCAUGCCAUUCUGGUUCCGCACUCGACCUACCGUACAUCUACUCGACAGAAGGGAAGGUCAAAGAACCCAACCUUGCCGCAGAAGCUGGUCAAGGGGUUAUGUCUGCGGUGACUUCGUAUGCUCGUGGUGACAUGAAAGGUGUAUUCUCCUCGGUCACUGGGCUGGUCAAGACUGCAACGGGAAGCAACCAACGCGCGGAUAAGUUGUCGAAAGCGACGAAGACAUCGCCUGCUGACGUGAUCUCCUGGAGUGGUUGCAAGGACUCCCAGACUAGUGCUGACACUGUCGAGGCUGGGCAGUCUACUGGUGCUAUGAGCUUCGCUUUCAUCUCGUGCCUGCGUCAGAACAAGCAGCAGAGUUACCAACAGCUCCUCGUUGGGAUUCGCUCCAUUUUGAAGGCGAAAUACAGCCAGAAGCCUCAGUUGUCGAGUUCGCAUCCCAUGGACGUCAACCUGUUGUUCAUGUGCUGA